AUGUCUGAAACAAACCAGGCCACAACAAUAAUUGCAGUGGAUGGUGAUGAUCGGAUUCAAACAUUCAAGUCAAAAUGUGUGCCAAACAGAACAUUGCUUGUCAUGAGUGGAGUGCUUGUCGCCACAUGCUCUCUUCUUCUCAUGACACUUCUCAUGCAUGAGAAUUUUGUACCAUCAAAUUUGACCACAACAAGCAAUCAUAAACUGUCCAUUCAAAAACAACAAGAAAUUGAUCGUCAUUACAACUCAAUUCAUCUCAGAAGUGGACAUACGAUUCAUACCCGAACUACUCGUGAUCACUUUUCAACCAUGGUUUCAUCUUCCAUGAUGAUGGAGAAUGGCGGCAUGUCUACUUCGUCUCUUGUUAAAUUAUUUCAAUUCAUGAUGAGUCCAUUCUAUUCUACAUCAACAACAAGUCAAAAUUCUGAAACUCAUGACAUGACAACUACUCUUGCAACGACGGCCACAACAGAAGGGAAUGACAUCAAGACAUUUUUCUUGCACUUUCAUAAACACUUUUAUGAUCGCAUUGCUGAAACACAUCAACACUCCAAAGACGGGUGCCACUCGAAAGAAGAAUUUCAUUGGCUCCAAGAACAAGCCAAAAAAUUUACGGUUCGUCUCGGACACUAUCUCCCUCAGAGAACCUUUAUGAUCAGUGGCUCCGAGAAGAAUGUGUUGAGAUUAAAGGAGUAUUUGAAUCGUGAGAUGAGUAGUAAUAGCAAUGGAUGGUUUAGUAGUAUUGGUACUAGCGAGGAGGUUUGUUGGAUUGGUUUGGUCGAUAGGGAUCAUAAAUCUGUACCACGAGAUGUUUUGGAAGUGCAUUUGGAUAAAACCGUUGUCGUUGAGCGAGUGAUGAGAGGAGAUUUACCUUACGAUGAUGCAUUCAGAUAUCUCACUAGAAAAUUACUAUCAAAUGAGGAUAAAGGAAAAGAUGUACACUUUGUUAUAAUGGUUACGAUGGCAAAGCAUGAAUCUAAGGAAGAAUUAGAGUUGAAUGAAAUUUCCAAUGUCAAUUCUCCUCUGAUGAAACUUGUUAAGGAAAAUUCUGAGGACGACAAUGUAAGCGUUAAGGCUGUAUCUAAUGAAAAAAUUGCUAUUGGCGUUAAUGGACAUCAACACGCUUUGAAAUUGGCAGAAAAACUAAAAGAACAUGGUCUAGUUCAUUGGGUGGAAAUUAAGACACCAACCAUUAUUCAUGGCAGAUAUUCCAAUGCUUUGGUUCAGAGCUAUAAGAAGCCAACUGACAAACCAAUUUGGGGUAUGGGACUUACAGGUUCUGGACAAGUUAUUGGUGUUGGUGACACAGGUGUCGAUUAUUAUCAUUGUUUUUUCUAUGAUGACAAAUCAAAACCUCCUUUCCAAAGAAAUUUACGUGACUCUGUGCAAAAUGUUAAUCACAGAAAAUUUGCGUCAUUUUGGACUUACAUGGACGCUCUUGAUUCUCCAAUGGGACAUGGAACACACGUCACUGGUAUUGCGGCUGGAAGCACUCAUCCAAGUGCAAUUCCUGCAGAUUUGAAAGACCAUGACGCCCUUGCUAAGGAUGCCAAGCUUGCAUUCCUUGAUGCUGGUUGUGACAGUGAUGAUGGAUGCUCUUGUCCUUCUGACACCCUUUGUGAAUGUGAUAUGAAGGAUGGAAAGAAGUGUCCAAAGAAGUUUGGUGUCGUGUACUUACCUUUAGAUCUGUAUGCUUCUUAUUUCCCAUAUUUCUAUCAAAAUGGAGCAAAGGUUGUGAGUAGUUCUUGGGGAACAGGAUUUUUCAAAGACUUUGGCUUUGGUUAUUCUACAAACUCGAGAGAAAUUGAUCAAUUCGCAUGGGAAAAGAAGGAUUUCCUUCCAGUCUUUGCUGCAGGUAACAGUGGUGGUGUUUUUGGAUACGCCUCUCUGACUAGUGAAGCAGAAGCCAAAAAUACUUUAUCCAUUGGAGCCUCUUUGAGUACACUUCAGAGCUUCCAACAAAGUCUCAAUAUUACUUCGACUCAAUUAAUCAUUGACAGACUAAGGAUUGAACUUUAUCAAAAAUUCUGUCUCAAGGCGAGUGAUCUCUAUGAUCCAGACAAGUGUGAGAAAGCAAAAAAUUUCCAAUCUGAAAACGAUUGUUGUGCCACUUCUUGCAAGACAGUUUCAACUGAAUGUUGUGGUGUUCAAGAUUUUUCUCCAUUUUUGACCAUUGGGUUCAGAUGUUGUCCACAAUGUAUUGGGCUUGAAAUGCAAAAACAUCCAGAAUACUAUAGUCAGGAAAAUCUUGCAGUUUUCACAGCAAGAGGUCCUACUCUUGAUGGACGAAUUAAGCCAGAUGUCGUCACUGUUGGAGAGAAAAUUCUUUCUUCCCUUUCUGCUGGAACUACAGAAUCUAAAAAGUGUGGUACACAAACAAACAUUAGAGAUCAAAUGGUUUAUCACGAAGGAACAAGCAUGGCUGCUCCACUAGCUGCAGGAGCUGCUGCCUUAGUACGUCAAUUCUACCAAGAGGGUUAUCUCACAGGAAGUAAGAAUCCAAGUCAAGGAUUCAAUCCAAGUGCUGCACUUGUAAAAGCUACUUUGAUUCACUCUUCAAAGCCAUUAACUGGAUACGUUCACCUUCUCUCAAAACAUCAAUAUUGGCCACUUCAAUAUCAAGAGGGUCAUACUUUUUCACUUCAAAGCACCUACAUGCAAGGUUUUGGCCACAUUGAUUUGAGCAAUGUUAUGGAUAAGAGUAUGGGACUUUAUGUACCAAAUCGAGUGGAUUCUCAAUUGACUACUGGCCAAACUCAUCAAUAUUGUUUAAAUGUUAAAUCUCAAGGUGAUAAUCCUUUAAAGGUUACAGUGGUUUGGACUGAUCCUCCAAGCUCACCUGCUGCCAAGAUUCACCUGAUCAAUGAUUUGGAUUUAGUAGUGAUCACACCAAAAGGUGAUAAAUUAUUUGGAAAUGGAGGAAAAUCAUCAGUGAAGCAAACAAGAGCAGAACCAGAUCAACUGAAUAAUGUGGAGCAAGUUGAAUUGGACAAAUUAGACCCAGUAGGUCUUUAUAACAUUGUCGUGAGAGGUAAUGCUGUUACCAAAGGACCUCAACCUUAUGCCAUUGUCAUGACUGGUAACUUUGAAUUAUCGACAGGAUGCUCCUCCUAUUCUUUCAUUCCAUAUGCUUAUUUGGCUGAAAGGGUUGAAACUUAUUCGAACUUGUCCAUUGCGUUUGGAUUACUUGCCAUCAUUUGUAUUCCUGCUCUUGCCUUCCUUUCCAUCUAUCUUUAUCUACAAUACAGAGCAGUGACAACAUCUCAAAAGGGUUAUAGAGAAGCAGCAAUUGGCAGAAACACAAACACUUAUGUGGAUUUGGGAGAUGAUGAUAAUUAUGAACUGAAAAAUGUAAAGAAGAAUUACAUUGUCGACGAUGAAGAUGACAACGAUGAGGACAAUAUUGCUAUCAACAAACGAGGUGGAACUGCUCGAGAAAAAGCUGAACUUGUAGAACGAGACAACACAGAAUAA